AUGUUUUUCCUAUUCCUGCUGUCAGGAACCUUUGGCAUCUCCUCCUCUGCUCUUCAGCAGUUCUACUAUAUGAAUGUUCAAAAGAGUUGGUUCGAGGCUCAGAGUUACUGCAGGGCGACUUACAUUGAUCUGGCUACUGUUGGCAGCAUGGAGGACAUGAACCGGCUGAAAGCAGCAGUGGAUCCUGUAUAUACAGACAGUGUUAAAGAUAUGAGCAGACUGAUGAAGCUGCUCGUGGAUGUUGGCUACAGUGGUUCUUUAUGGAUUGGACUAACACAAGCAGUACAACCACGUUGGGGCUGGUCUAGAGGAGAUGAGUUACUGUCCAAUUUCAGUAACUGGGACGCAGGAAGGCCAAAUGGUACUGGAAAAUGUGUAUUUACCAUCAAUGGAGUGUGGCGUAAUUAUGAUUGCACAGUAGCUCUGUACUUUGUGUGCUACUAUGGGGGCACUGGCGGUUACAUCUUGGUACAAACUUUCAAAAACUGGUAUGAUGCUCAGACUUACUGCAGAACGACCUACACUGACCUGGCCAGCAUUCGUUCUCCUUGGGAGCAGAAGCAGGUGACCAGCCUUGUGACUAAAGGGGUCUCUAUCUGGGUCGGCUUGUUCUUAGACACCUGGCAAUGGUCUGACCAGUGGAGCCUCUUAUUUAGAAACUGGGCAUCAGGACAGCCAAGCUCGGGUACUGGUGGCUGUUCUGCUAUAGUGAUGGGUGAUUCUGGGAAAUGGAUUGCUGACAACUGCAAUUUGCAGCACCCUUUCAUCUGCUAUGGAGAGGAGGACAGGAUGAAGAAAAAGCAGAUAGUGAAAGUGACGGUGUCUUCAAAUGGACAAGCAGAUCUAAAUGUGCCUCUCGUGAAGGCCAAACUAUUAAAUAAGAUUGAGGAACAACUGAAAAGGCAAGGAAUUGCUAAUGAAACCAAACUGAGCUGGAGAAGUAAUGACAAAGUGUUUAUUCUGAAACCAAAAAAGUGAGAGAUUAAA